AUGAACAAGUUGUACCGGCGGCACUCCACGGCAGAGUUUCUGACGCACACGCAUCUCCACCGCAGCUCAGUCGCAGAGGUCCUCUCCUCUUCCUCCAACCGGCUGCUGGCUGCCAUCUCCGCCUCCGAUAUAUACGAGGGCUACCUGGUCUACGAGAAGUGGAGCACCCGGAGAGCCAGUGCCCAGUACACCAGAGUCGGGGAGCAGCUACGUCUGGUGAUCCCAGCACCUGUGCAGUGCUCAGUUGCCUGCGGGGGGCGCCUGUGCAAAUAUGAAAACCCCAUCAAGUGGACGGAGGAGGAGCAGGCAAUUAAAGGGUUAUACUCGUCCUGGAUCACCGAGAACAUUUUAGCAAUGGCACGCCCUUCCUCUGAAGCCAUACAGCAGCAUGCCAUUAUACAGCAGUUCAAGCAGCUGGGAAUCCAGAGUGUGUUUAACCUGCAGCUCCCAGGAGAACACGCGAGCUGCGGGCCCCCCCUGGAGCCUGGGAGUGGAUUCACUUACCUGCCAGAAGUGUUCAUGGAGAACAAGAUUUACUUCUAUAACUUCACAUGGAAGGACUACGGAGUGGCUUCUCUGGCAGCUGUGCUGGAUAUUGUGAAGGUCAUGGUGUUUGCACUGCAGGAGGGCAGGGUGGCUGUGCACUGUCACGCCGGUCUGGGCAGAACAGGGGUCCUCAUCGCAUGCUACCUGGUGUUUGUCACCAGAAUGAGUGCUGACAGAGCUAUCCUCUACAUCCGAGCCAAGAGGCCCAGCUCCAUCCAGACCAGGGGGCAGCUACUGUGCGUGCGGGAGUUUGACCACUUCCUCCAGCCUCUCUGGACCGUGUUCUCCUUGCGUGACUCGACUGCCCACCCCUUCACCCUCUCCCAGUACCUCACCUGGCAGCGCUACCUCCUUCACGGCUUGGAGGCACGAAGACUCAGGAACUUGCCAAAAAUCGUCUGCAUCAUCUGUAGGAUCCUAACGGGACUCUGCGAAAAUAAGAAAUGCAAAACACGGUCUUCAGCACAACAAUGCAGCCUGCAGGCUUUAUCCAGGGAGAUAACCGAGACUCUGUCUAUGUUAUCUGAAAGUGACGUGAUAACUGUGGCAGGGGUAGAUCAGGUGUUGACUCCCACUACCAUUUCACUGGUCUCCUCUUUUAUUAAAGAACAGAAAGGGCCUUCUCAAGAAUGGAGAACCCAAAGAUUAUUCCCUCAACAUCCCUUAAAUAGAAGGAUGAGCUACAGCGACUCAGACCUGCAACAAAUAAGCUUACACUUUACAUCUGGCAGCAGAGACCUAGUUGAAUCAUGGAGUUGCCUAGGACCCCAAGGAGUCCAGACUGUACGUUCCUCUGGUCAGAUCACUGAUCAGAAGACACCAGAUGGUAAGGAUUGCCAGAAACUGACAUCAAACUGCCCUGCCACAGCUACAUGGCAGCAGAGACAGCAGAAGAUGUUCAAACGGAGUCAGACGAUUGCAGAGGGAAGUGUUCUGCAAAGUCCUGGUCCACCACUAAGCAUAAACCAUAACCUAAAGGAAUCCCCUGAGGGUAACAUGAAAGCAAAGUGUCCUCAAUUUCCCAGGGUGAAAUGCUGUCAAAGGAUGGGGUUGCAUGCUGACAGUAGCUCUCCGGCAACCGUGGAGCAGGCCUUGUCAUGUGCAGUGAAAAGAGAAGGUGUCUCCAAUGGGAAAGGAGAGCCGUCAUGCAAUACUGGAUCUUGCAGGAGUAAGCAGCUGGCUGUGGCCCUCAUGCUUGCAGACCAGCAUGGAAAAAACGGAGAGACGUUGGAGAAAAUCCUGUCCUGGCAGCAAGAAUUGAACUUGUCUGAAGAAGCGUGGGGGAAGCUGGAGAAGGAGCUGGACCCAGCUGUCCUGAGUGGACUUCUGUGGGGGUGGCUGGAACACCUCAAGCAGCCUGUGCUAUCGGAGGCGGACCUGACAAACAUGCAGAGCAGCCUGACUACAGGCAGCCCCCUCCAGCAUCUCAACAAGGGACAAGCUGAAACUUUGCUUUGCGUGCUUGACUGUGUGGCCAAACUGAAGGAUUUACCAGCCGACCUUGAGGACAGUCUUCUUGGGAGAAUCGCUUUCGCCUUCACGGGGCUGAGAAGGAAAGAUGACAAUGUGCCAACAGAACAUAAUGAAUUCCUAAAGAGAACACUGAAGAAGCUUUUAAAAGAAAGAACAAAGAUCUAACAUAAAACGCUGGCUGAGAGCAUUGCCUUAGCAAUGGUGCUCCCGCAGGUUAGGUUGGCAAAACCGGCAGGUACUGUUUCUCCUCAUCAUGCUACAGCGGACACCUGUAGGGCUGGCAUUUCAUCCUUUCAUCAGUUCGUGGUCAUUCGCUCAAGAGGCAGCUAGCUUGGUCGUGGGGAAACUUGAUGCAUCAGUAACUCAUUUGCACAUUUGAGUUAAACAGUAAUUAUAAAAUAAUUCAAACAGGGUUAAUCGGCAUAGAUUGUCCCAACAAAUGCAUUUUAAAAUAGCAAAAAUGUGGUAUUAAAUUGUUAAAAGAACUUCUAUGUAUUUGAGUAGUAAUGCCACUUCCUUAAGUCCACGUUUUGUU